AUGAGAGCGAACAGGGAGAGGUAUAAGGUAGCUAAGAAGGAGGUUAAGCCGACGGUCAUAAAAGCUAAGACUGCGGCUUUUGGUCGUCUGUACGAGGAACUGGGGGACAAAGGUGGGGAGAAGAAGUUAUUCUGGCUGACCAAGGUGAUAGAGAGGAAGGCUCGGGAUUUGGACCAAGUAAGGAUGAAGAAGAUGCCGGAUGAGUGGUGGUGGAGUACGGUAGUUCCGUUGUAUAAGAACAAAGGUGAUAUCCAUAGUUGUAAUAACUAUAUUAGUAUCAAACUACUGAGUCAUACCAUGAAUGUUUGGGAGAGGGUGGUAGAAGUGAGGGAAAGGAGGACGGUGUCUAUAUCUAACAACCAGUAUGAUUUCAUCCCGGGUCAUUCUACUACGAAAGCUAUCCAUCUUAUUAGGCAGUUGGUGGAGCAGUAUUGGGAUAUGAAGAAGUAUCUGCACAUGAUGUUUAUUGACUUGGAGAAAGCGUAUGUCAAGGUUCAUAGAGAGGUUUGGAGACAGGCCCUUGAAUCUAAGGGUUUCAAGAUGAGCAAGACCAAGACGAAAUACCUGGAGUGCAAGUUCAGCGUCGAGCCGAGGGAAGCGGGCAUGGAUGUGAAGUUUGAAUCUUGGGUUAUCCCUAGUAGAGGUAGUUUCAAGUACCUUGGUACGGUUAUCCAAGGGGAAGGGAAGAUCGAUGAGGAUAUCACACACCGUAUUGGGGUAGAGUGGAUGAAGUAG